UGGGUGGCGACGGCGAGGGCCGCGAAGAAGCCUGCCUGGCUCGGACUGCUUGCACUGUCGGCUCUGGCUGGCGAGUAUGUGGAUUAAUUGACCCCCUUGGCAUGUUUAUGGAGCUGCGUUUGGUCUGUUCUCCAUCUCUGGGAAACUGCGUAUGACUGGAUGAGAAUGCCUCGAACAAAACAAAUAAAUCCUAGAAAUUUGAGAGAAAAAAUUGAAGAAGCACAAAAAGAACUUAAUGAAACUGAAGACCCACAAAAAGACAUUUCCGAGGCUGUUACGAGAGGGAGUACAGACACAGUUAAAGGCAUAAAGCGCAAAAAGAUUGUAACGGAGAAUCACCAGACGAAAAUACCAAAAUCGCCUUUGAGAACUCCAGCUCGGGCAAAACCUAAAGAAAAAUUAGAAGACCCUUUUUCAUCUUCUAACAUCCUUCCUGAUUCUGCAGAGCUCCUGAAAGAAGUGCACACUUUGGCUACACAAAAUGGGAAACAAAACAAACAGAAUGAGGGGACCUUUGGCGGUGAGGUAGCUAUCAAAGCAUCCCGAUCUGAGACUUCCAUUCCCACCAAGUUGUCUCUGCUACCUCAGUCGUUGGACUUGAAUAAAUGGCCAGAAGACAACUAUGGUUCAGCCCAACUAAAUUUACCAGUGAAGAAGGGGUCCACUAGCUCUUCAAGUACAGCCAAGGUUGACAAUAAUGAAUGUAUUAAUUUCGUUGAUUGUAGUAAUUCGUCCUCAUGUACCAAUACGGCAUUUGAUGUCUUACUGAAAGCUAUGGAACCUGAGCUGAACACCUUAGCCCAAGAGUGCCCUUCUAGUGGGAUGCAAAUAGAAAAACUGAGACCAAAUAAAACUGUAAGCGCCUCUUAUUGUCUCGCAUCCAAUACACCGACUGUCCAAAGUCAUGCUGCUUUGCUGCAGCAAGAAUUUGUAGCUGGAUCUCAACUUUUUCCUUGCACUUCACAGACUGUGCAUGUAGCAACAUCAGGGAAGAGUGAACAAGCACAGAUGCACUCAGUUGCUCACUCACAAGAGCAAGUUCUUGCUGUAGCUGGGCAACAAAAUCAACAAAUUACUGCACGCCCCAGCCUCACAAAUUCACUGGUACAUCAGCAGAGUCAAGAAAAGCUCAAACUCCAGCAUAUAUACAGUAUAGCAGUAACCUCUUCAAUAAUCAAUCCCCAAUCUUCUGUUACUCAGGCUUUUUCUCAAAACCAGCUAGUAGCAAAACCGUCAUCUUCUUUGUCAGUUCACCCGUCUAGCUCCUCCACCCAGUUACCAAUAGCUCCCUUGUACAAUUCGGCUCAGAUAGCGUCAGUUGUCAGCCAUGGCGUAGAACAAAUAUGUAACCUUCUGAAAGUCCAGAAGCCUAAAAAACUGGGGAAAUACGUCUGUGAAUAUUGUAACAGGGCUUGUGCCAAGCCUAGUGUUCUCCUAAAGCACAUCCGCUCCCACACUGGAGAACGACCAUAUCCUUGUGAGACGUGUGGAUUUUCGUUUAAGACCAAAAGCAAUCUGUACAAGCACAAAAAGUCCCAUGCCCAUGCUAUCAAACUUGGACUUGUCCUCCAGCCAGAUUCCAGUGGGCUGUUUCUCUCCCAUGAAUCAGACAAAGCACUUAGCAUCCAUUCAGAUGUGGAAGAAAGCGGUGACAGCGAUGAUGAAGGCACGGCUGAUGAAAGGCAAGAUGACCAGGGAUCAUUAGAACUGGAACCUGUGCACAUAAUGAAAAUUCCUUCUAAUUCCGAAUCAUUGCACAAAGGUAGUCCCAUCUCACUAAGCAAUCCAGACUAUACGUUGGGUGACUUCUCAUUGCAGGACUCAGCUGCACAAGCAAGGGCAGCUUUACCGAAAGUGAUAGUAUACCCUGUAAAUGUUUCUCCUUUAAGGUCCGACAGCCCCAAAGUAGCAGACCCCACCACUACGCUUUCUACAACACAACAGCAAGGGGACUUGAAAGUCACAAAUGUGAAACCAAAUUUAACACACAUAGACUUUGUAAAGGAGUCUGAUGCUAAGCAACAUCAGAAACCGGAAACAGGCAUUUCUGAGGAGCAGCUUGGGACGCUAGUUGGAACUGUAAUACAUGCCCAGCUACAAAGGCAGCAGGCAACAGACUGUUCGCAGGAUCAACAAGGAAAAUGUCUUCUGAGCCCUAGAAGUUUAGGGAGCACUGAUUCGGGCUACUUUUCACGUUCAGAAAGUGCAGAUCAGACCAUGAGCCCGCCAGCUCCAUUUAUGAAAGGAUUGCCUGCUUCUGAAAAAGACACGAGCAAAAGUUGUGUGCCACGCAUGAGCACUACUGUGGCAUCUGUUGUGCAAACUGUUUGUGCUGACAAGACCUUGCUUUCAUCUGGCCAGAUGAGACCACCUUUGGCCACAAAAACACUUGAAGAACGCAUUUCAAAAUUAAUAUCUGAUAAUGAGGCUGUAGUGGAUGAUAAGCAGUUGGAUAGUGUCAAGCCACGGAGAACGUCCCUUUCAAGAAGAGGCAGCAUUGACUCUCCAAAGUCCUAUAUUUUUAAAGAUUCCUUCCAGUUUGACUUAAAACCAAUGGGUAGAAGAACUAGCUCAAGCUCUGAUAUACCAAAGUCUCCUUUUACACCAACUGAAAAGUCAAAGCAAGUUUUUCUCCUGUCCGUACCAACCCUAGACUGCUUACCUAUAACCAGAAGCAAUUCUAUGCCUACUACCAGUUACUCAGCUGUACCUACAAAUGUAGUACCUCCCCCACACCCUUUACGUGGAAGUCAGUCUUUUGAUGAAAAAAUUGGCUCCUUAUAUGAUGAUGUCUUUGUGCCAGGACCAGCUACGCUACAGCUCCAAGGUGGACACCCUCGCACCCUUGUUCGGCAAACAGCAAUAGAAGAUUCAUCAGCCACUGAAGGACAUGCUUUUGGACCAGCGCGAUCCGUAGAUGAAAGCUAUGGAUGCAAUGCAUCGAAUGAAUUUGUAAUGGCAAGAAGCAAGUCAUUUGUACAAGGAUCAAAUUUGGAUAAAAUUAAAAAGCCAAAUCAAGGCCGAGGGACAAUGUUUGAAUGUGAGACGUGUAGAAACAGAUACAGAAAACUGGAAAACUUUGAAAACCAUAAAAAGUUUUAUUGCUCGGAGUUGCAUGGACCAAAAACAAAGGCAGCUAUUCGAGACUCCGAACAUAAGACAGUCUUGAACAGUACGCAACCCCAAAUCCUUCAUUAUCGAGUUGCCUCUUCAACUGGCACGUGGGAACAGACAUCUCAGAUAAGAAAAAGGAGGAAAAUGAAAAGUGUUGGCGAUGAUGACGAUGAACCACAGACAAACGAUGCUAGUUUGUCAAAAAGUGUAGCAGAGUCAGAGUGUCAAAAUAAACUAGGAAGUAUGGCCAGUAUCUCUAAACAUUCUGCUACCAUCCUAGGGUCGUGCAGCAUUUCACUUCAAAAACUGGCACAAGAUGAGCUAGAGACUCGUGGCGGCCCUGAACAUACCAUGGAGCCAAAGAUGUUACUGCAUGGGGAGAAGCAGGCUGUCACAAUUGCACAGGAAAAAAACGAACUGAAAAGACAAGGGGCUGGGAUUUCAGUCAUUCAGCAUACGAACUCCUUAAGCCGACCAAGUUCAUUUGAAAAAUCAGAUUCUUUUGAAAGUGCAUCGCCCGUUUCCUUUCAGGAUGCUAACAAGCCUGUGAAGCUCCAUUCUUUGAAUACCGUUAUAGUCCAAGAGGAGAAGCAUUCCCUCCUGAGUGCCUCCCAUGGUCCUCAAGUAGCAGAAGCAGCAAGAGUUCAGCUUCAUGAAUGUCAAGUUACUCCUAACGAAAGGAAUGCCCCAGUGCAACCACUCAGACUUGUUCGCCAACAUAACAUCCAGGUUCCUGAAAUACUGGUCACAGAAGAACCAGAUCGAGACCAGGAAUGCCAGUGCAGCGAUCCAGAGAAGACUGAAAAAUUUAACUGGCCCCAACGUAGUGAAACGCUAUCAAAGCUACCCACAGAAAAACUUCCACCCAAAAAGAAAAGAAUUCGCUUGGCUGACAUUGAACACUCAUCUGCUGAGUCGAGCUUUGAAUCGACACUUUCUAGAAGUCUCAGUCGGGAGAGUAGUUUGUCAUGUGCCUCUAGUUUUUCCACGUCUUUUGAUAAAGACGAUGUCUCUAAGAACGAGAGUGCUUCCAAACCAGAACCUACUAAUAAAACCCUGGAAUUCCUUACCAUUCCCACAAGUUCAAAUACGCUUAGCGUGCCUGGUCCUCAUUACAGAGAAAUGCGACGUGCAGCUUCUGAGCAGAUUAAUUGCACCCAGCCAGCCAUGGAGGUUGCUGAUUACAGAAGCAAAUCCUUUGAUUGCGGAAGUGUGGCUCCAUCCAAGCCUGCAUCACUUAUUGAGAUAUCUACUUCCAAAUUGGCUUCUGCUAGUGGUGGUGUUGGACACGUGCCUCUCUUAGAAAGGAGGAGGGGACCCCUUGUAAGGCAGAUAUCUUUAAAUAUUCCUCCAGAAAAGAACCAGCCUGACAUAGCAAAUAUUUCCUUUCAAGCAGCUCCUGCAACCGAUAUUUCUACAGUGUCCUUUCCAAGGUUGCAGAGUUCUGGGAAGCCUUCUGAGGAAUUUUCUUCAAGUUCUCAACACCCCCAACCUUACACCAAGCCUUUACGAGACUCAGUGAAAAGCAACAACCCUCUUAGCCUGCCUUCCAACGAACAGUCUUUAGGCUCCAGUUUGAAUCGUCAUGGUCUGCAUUCCCAAGCACCCCUUAAAGGACCAGCCCUUGGAGUUCAAAAAAGUGUAAGCAUGGUGGCUGGUCAGCAUAGUAUGCAAGAGGAUUGUUUUGCUCCCAAAUAUCAGCUUCACGUGAAAGCAUUGCACAUAGGACAGCAAUACCCUUUAGGUCUUCCAGGCACAGCUGGCAUAGAACAGGCUGGGGCUUUGUUAGAAAUACAUCCUAAACUAAAUGACAAAGUCUCCAAGCCAUAUGUGGCACAAUCCUUGCAACAAACUAUUCCCGAGAACUGUAGUAGUCAAAUGAACCGGGUUGCACCCUUUAUCGUCCCUGUGCGCCUUCACAGUAAUAUCCCAUCUUAUGGCUUAGCUACUGUUGCACCCCUUCCUCAGAUUUUAGUGACUCGAGAUCAGGCAAACCAGUCUCUUUGUAAAACAAAUCCUGCAUCAGUGCCAAUGGUCAGAGAUCAAGCUCAGCUGCCAAAAUCCCACAAAGAUCAUCUGCGGUGUUUGCCAAGUUCACAGCCAGCGUCUGUGUUUGAAAACUUAAUUUAUGAGAUGGGAAGCAAAAAUUCUACUUCAUUGGGGUCCUUAAAUAUGAUUCAGAAAGUGCCAGUGGGUGGGCUUUUCCCCCAACAGGAAUCUACAGCUUCAAGUAAACGCAUGCUCUCUCCAGCCAAUAGUUUAGACAUUGCCAUGGAAAAGCACCAAAAGCGUGUUAAGGAUGAAAGUGGAGCUGCUUGCACAACAGGUGCUAUUUCACUGCAUCCAUUGAAUGUAAAAGCUUGCGAAGCUAAUAAGCAAAAGAAACCACUCUUAGUGCGGCAGAUCUGCACCGUUGAACCCCUUGAAAGUUUCUCAUUAGAUCAAGAUGACAAAAGCAGUGGAGUCAGUCAUUCACCAGAUGUUCUGCUGCCUGGUUCAACUGAAUCUGUUCCAUCUGGGGUUUCUUCAUUCGUAAAGGAGCCUUUGGAAAAUAACCUCCCAGUCUCUGAAACUGUAGGUUUUGCAGCCAGAAAGGCACUUGAACCUGCUCUGCUGAACACACCAACUUCAUUUCUAAAGGAUAACAGUCAAGAAAGGAUGUCCCCAGGAAUUAAUAAUGAGAAUAAGCAACCCAGUAUCCAUAGCCAAGUAAAAUCUGGAGCCAUUUUGUCCGUCGUAAAUGCAGGUGAUAUACAGCGAUUAUCUUUUCCAAGCCUAAAGACAGCAACAAAUUUUACAUGGUGCUACCUGUUAAAAAGGAAGCCUGCGCAUCUGUUACAAAACGACCAAAAGUCUUCAGCUUAUUCUUCUUGGUCUAUUAGUUCCAACAAUCCCAAUCCACUUGGUUUGCCAACAAAGGUUGCUCUUUUCCUCCUGAAUUCAAAACAGAAAGCUGGAAAACCAUCUUAUACUCAAGCAAUAAGUACUAACUUUAGAUCUGAUAUACUGGUCUACUCAAGCAAGUGGAAGAACAACUUACUUAAGCGGGCAUUAGUUAAACAAAAGGCAGCAAGGGAAUUCAGCAAUAAAGAAAAUUCUGAAGUAAGCACUGAUCAAGAUAACGAGAACUCAGCCAAAAGUGAGCCAAGAAGGGUUAAAAUAUUUGAUGGAGGGUACAAGUCAAAUGAAGAAUAUGUCUACGUUCGUGGGAGAGGAAGAGGAAAAUAUAUAUGUGAAGAGUGCGGAAUACGCUGUAAAAAGCCCAGUAUGUUGAAGAAACAUAUUCGCACACACACAGAUGUCCGUCCUUAUCAUUGCAACUAUUGCAAUUUUUCCUUCAAAACUAAAGGAAACUUGACAAAACAUAUGAAGUCCAAGGCGCAUAGCAAGAAAUGCAUGGAUCUGGGAGUCUCAGUGGGAUUAAUAGAUGAUCAGGAUGUAGAAGAAUAUGGUGAAAAGCAGCGGCUGGGUUACGAUCGGUCUGGAUUUGAUGCAGAGGAUUCCGAUGGGCCGGAUGAUGAUGAGAAUGACAACGAAGAGGACGACGAAGACAGCCAAACUGAGUCAGUUCUAUCUGCCACUCCCUCCGUUUCAGCCAGUCCGCAACAUCACCCUUCUAGAAACAUUUCUCAGGAGAUCUCAAGCGCUGAUGAAGACAUCAAAAUUGCAGAUUGUUUUGCUGGCGUUCAUACAGACUCUAUGGAUGGCCUGCCGAAAGCACUUCUCACAAAGAUGACAGUACUUAGUACGGUGCAGUCAGACUGCAGGAGCUCAGGGCCACCAGUAGCAGUUCUACCCAGAGAAGCAAAUGAAGGAAAUUUGCAAGACACAGCGACAACCACAGAGCCUCCGGUCUCCACAGAGCCCAUUCCCAGGUCUCCAUGCCAUCAGAUGUAUGUGGACUACCCAGAUACGGAAGAAGUAUUGCAAGGUUCUGCUCCUACUAUUACGACUACAGUAACUUCCAAGAGCACAACUUCUACAAGACUUCCCUCUCCUCCCGUGGACCGCAGUACCCAGACCACAAAAGUUGUUCCUUCAAGGGCCUCACCUUUCCCAGAGAUCCAAGAGGAGCAUCAGCCACAGGCCAUGAAAUUGGUGCCUCCCCAGACUCACCUGUUUAGCCACCUCCCUUUGCACUCACAGCAACAAACCAAGACCCCAUAUGGGAUGAUUCCAGUGGGGGGCAUCCAUGUGGUACCUGCUGGCUUGGCCACAUACUCUACUUUUCUACCCAUUCAAGCUCGGCCAGUACAACUCACUAUUCCUGCUGUUAGCGUGAUCCACAGAACUACAAGUGCUCUUGGCGAUCCUGCCUGUGCCGUGUCUGGCACCACAAAUCACCUUGGUGUUGCUGAAAUGAACAGUGUUGUUCCCUGUAUCCCUAUUGGCCAGAUUAACGUUCCGGGCAUCCAUAGCCUGAGUGCACCAACCUUGCAGCCUCUUCCAUCUCUCAGCAUGGAGACGGUGAACAUCUUGGGCCUGGCCAACGCCAACAUCACUCCUCAAAUUCAUCCGUCAGGAUUAACUCUAAAUGCCGUCGGGCUACAAGUGUUGACUGCAAACCCUUCCCCUCAGAGCAAUUCUAGCCCUCCGACGCACAUUCCAGGUCUGCAAAUAUUAAACAUAGCACUGCCGACGUUAAUCCCUUCGGUCAGCCCCGUGACUGCAGAUGGGCAGGGCGCACCAGAAACACCAGCUUCCAAUAACAAGGCCUGCGAAACGCGCCCAGAUCAGGGUUCUGUGAGUUUGGCUGACGACGAUCGCACUCGGAUCACCAGUGGUCUGUCUCCUCAGGUGGCACUUGCUGACCAGCAGUACAGCGUUGAAAAUCUGUCGGAACCGGCUCCUUCAAGCGAAUACCGACGGCACGAUACACCGGGUAAACUGGACACUGAAAAGCCUGACUCCGAGAGUCAUACAAAACCAAAGUGCAAUAUCAGUUCUGUUCAGGUUGAACAGGCAUCUGCAUCAGAGCCUCCCAUGAAGGUGAAUUCUGACGUUUUAUCCAAUUCCCCCGGACAUCGGACUGUCUCUUUAGAUAGGCAAGUACACAGGCAAAAAGGGUUGCCUGAGAGGCAGAAUACUGUGGAGUUUAGUGACAGCAGCAGUGACGAUGAGGACAGACUUAUAAUAGCAACCUAGGGUUUUUGGUUUUACGUUGGGUUGUGUGUGUGGGUGUGCGUGCGUGGGUGUUUUUCGUUUUGUGUGUGUAUGUGUGUUUUUUAAGUAUCACUUACCAGGUUUCUUUGAGAACCUCCCUUUUACUUAAAGCACAUUUUUUUCUGACACAAACUCAUUACUAAUCUUUGUGCAAUCAUGAACUCUUGACCAAUAAUUGUUGUUUCUUGUCAGCCAGCUCCGGCCAUUUUUUGUACAUGUUGUAUAGACAAUUGUGCCUUUUUGGGGGGAGUUUUAUGUUUAGAAAACUGUACAGAUUGUCAAAAUUAUAUAUUAUAUGUAUAUUAAAACCAAGUAGUUACUUGUGUUUCGUAAGUAAAACAAAAUUUAAAAAAUCUUGCGUCGAAUGAAAUAAAUGAUUAAAUUAUAUGUUGCACUGUUAAAUGUAAAUUUUUAUGGCUGUGGGGCAAAGUUUGUGUGUACAGAUUAUGUACAACUCCAUAUUUAUUGUAUCCAUAUUAGUCUUGAGGGAAAGGGUCUGUCCAUCUUUCUUGUGUAUGACAUUAGCUUUACACUUAAAAUGAAAUCCCGUA